AGCUAUAGAGGUAGGUACCUAAGCUCCCCAAGGUACUUAUCUCUACUUUGAAGUAAGUCAUUUACACGCAUACUACAGGUACGUAGCGUCAUCGUCUCAGUCCUGCCAAUGGAAGAUUCGGUGACAUCAAUUCCCUACGUCACGCUGAGCGCUAGACAAAGGGACUUACCCAGCAAGAUCACCACAUCGUGCGCUGGCUGGAACCGCUCGCUGCAGACUACAGACGCCACAGGUCGCAAACAAUACACCUCUCGAGCCGGAUUUGCAGCGUAACGGCCUCAAUUCCGGUAGCAAGAUGAGAUCUCGGAUUCUGGAUACCUGAGAGAGGCCUAAUAAGAAUGUACCUUGGCCUCCGCCUAUCUUGGCUGCGAUGUUCGCGACAAGGUCUCACUCAAGCCACGCCAAAUUCCUUGGUCACGAAAAGCAGUACCCGGUGUGCAACAGGAGGUAGCUGGGAGCAAGCCUCCGGGCUAGGUACGCCCAUCUGUGUAGGUGGGAAGGGCGGGCAGGCCGAGUAGAUGGUUUCGUCAUCGGGGCGGAAACUUGACGUUAUAAGAUCCUGUUUCUCCUCGAACAACCUUCCUCACCUCCCCCUUCUACCAAUACUGCAAUCCAAACAAAACCAUCAGCCUGUCGUGACCCCGACCCAGAAAACUUGGUAACUCCGCCGCAAGCAUCAAACUGCCAUCAUGUCUCUCCACUACCUGCCCCCCGUCAAGCCCUCGGCCAUCGCCCUAGGCACCGUGUUCAACCACGGCAUCGAACUGGCAGUCAUGACUCCGCUGUUCGGCCAGACCUACCAGCGGGCCAAGCUCGCCAACACCAAGGAGGAGUUCAUCCGCUCCAAAGAGGCCUCGUCCGCCGCCGUCGCCUGGGGCACCUCGCUCGUCGGCUCCGCUCUGCAGUCCUACGGCGUCGGUGCCCUCAUCAACGCCACCGGCACCCUCAGCUACAAGGGCGCCGCCUACCUGGGCGGCCUUAUCUUCGCCGCCACCUCCGCUCCUGCCUACCUUAGUCAACUCCUCGUCGAGAAGCGGCCUCUCGACACCGUUGCCGUCGCCGCCGUCGCGAAGACCUUCGAGACCCUCGGGCUGUCUCUAUUCCUGACUUGGUGGGGGACCCGGACCAAUCCCUUCGACUAAGCAAGCAGAAGAGGAGGCUUUCCGCUAAAGGGUAGGCGGGAAAAGAAGGAGUAGCAACUGCGCGUAUUAGCGCUGCCCGACACGGUAACUGCUACAACGGAGGGCGGUAAAACGCCAGACGCGCCAGACGGUCAGCUACGUCGCAGCCGCACAAUAGCACGAAAGAGAAAUCUUGACAAAUUA